CUGAAUUAUAAAAGGCAGAAGUGGUAAAACGAAGAGCCGUUUGGAAGCCGAAAGAGCCGGCUCUUCUUGGUGAGCUGAGCCAAAAGAUCUGGCUCACUAAAAAGAGCCCAAAUUCCCAUCACUAACUUGCGACUUCCGUUCCGUUGCUAUGGUUACGGAGUUUGUGACUGCAGAGAGCAUCUUUGCUAACAGCUAACAGCUAACAGCUAACAAAUAGUUACCUUCAAUCAUUUACUGUUUUAUAAAGCUAACAGCUAAAUAUCAUUUAGUUUAUAAUCUCACCCUCAUCUAACAGAAAGUUCACCAAUAAUACUGAAGUUGUAGUUUAUAAAGGAGGACUGUGAAAGUCAGUCCAGGUGAAGAUGAGGACCAUAACAUCAGCCAGGGGCCAACAGGAAACUGUGACCGUCAGAAGGAGUGAAUCAGCGGAUGCUCAGGGGAUCGACAGCCUCAUCAGCCGCUCGGCUAUGGCAGUUUUUGGAAGGAUCAACGUAAUUCAUCUUCUAGAGAAAGCCAAUCUGGCCGUGACUCUGGCCAAUGAAAAGGACGACAUCGUGGCUCACGCUUCCUUCUUCGAUCACCCGGUCGGCGACCUGGUGGAUCAGACUCAGUGGGAACCGUUCCUCCAGAAACACUUCGGCGCUGGACAAUGCACACCUUUGAACACACUCUUCCUCCACCUCUUCGUGGCACAGCCGGAUUUCGCCACAGCAAGUGUAAAAGAAAUAAUGAGGGCUGUCUUUAACGCCGUCGCAGAGCUUGAACACGUCUGCCUGGUCAGCCCGAACGUUGGUGCUUUAGAGCCGGCGCUGGAUGAGGUGUUUGAGCCGCUGCAGCGCCUGACUCACACCGCGCCUCAGUGCUUAGCGUUGAUCUGCCACAGACAAGAACACUAUCCAAAGCGCCACAUCCGUCCAGCCAGGGUUGAAGAUCAUGAUGACAUCGUGCGAGUGAUUUCAGAGCAGACCAAACUUCUGUCAGCCCUCGACCAGCCGUACCUCCUGGCAGAGCUCAUCGAGACACAGAACGAGGAAAAUCACAUCGCUGUUUGUGAGAGUCACGGAGCCGCCGUCGGCCUCAUUAGCGUCACUCGUGAUGUCAAUUUGAGACGUCUGCACGACGGCUUUGACCUGAGUGAGUUCGAUGGUUUGUCCAAACUGCAGCAACACGACGAAGCUGCUGCUCAGUCCGACUCAGGAGAAACCCAGACCCACGACUCACAGCAGGAGGAGAAACAGUCGACUGGACGUGUUUCAGAGAAACCCAACGCUUUCUGUAUUGACUUCUUUGUUGUUAACAAGAACUAUGAAACAAGAUCAGUGGACUUUAUUCCAUAUAUAUUCAAACUUUUCCCUGACCUGGACUUCUGCAUCAUCACCGUCCCGACGCUGUCCCCUGAGUUCCUGUUGCUGCAGAGUUUCGUCAGGGUGCCGCCCCGCACCACCAGCUCGCUGCCCCGUGAACUCUACGUCUUCCAACGCGCCAGCCUCAGGAGUGUGGAGGUGAGGCCGGCCGUGGCUGCAGACCGGCCGGCUGUCUGUGAUCUGGUGAAAGGUCUGAGACUGAGUGAGUCUCUGCUGCAGGACCUGGACCGCUUCUACGAGACCCGCAGAGACCCGGACGGCGUGGCGCUGCAGGCCUUCGUGGCCCAGGUGCACGGUCAGGUUGUGGGGGUACUGAUCAUCAGAGACGAGCAGGACAUCAGGUACAUUUGUGCCCACUACAACAUCGAGAACUUCAUCUAUUUCAGCCACCACCGCUACGAGGAGCACGCUCAGAUACGCCACUUUGUCCUCAAACCCUCCUUUCAGCACUUCAGCAAACACUUGUUUAAGGAGGUCCUCCGGCUGGCUCGGCGGUCCUGCCUGUUCCUCAGAGUCUACCCCUCAUCCCGCAGCCAGGAGAAUUCCUGCGUCCACCAUCUGGAUUUUGUCCUGGGUUGCUCGGUCCCUGUCCGCCCGCGACGCCAGAUCAUCUACCCGCUGGAGGAGCUUGGCAUCAACUCCCCUUCCAGGCAGAUCACCGAGGACCAGGCUCCGUUUGCUCUCAGCCUCAUCAGCAGGAAAUUAACCCUGGAGCCAAAGGUCACCGUUAACGCCAGGAUCGUGGUGGUGGGGGCGUCAGAAACCGGUUUAUCCUUCCUCGAGGUGCUUUGCUUCUGCCCUCACCUGAGGUUCAACAACCUGACCCUCGUCUCAACCCACGGUUUCCCCAGCGACUACGACCACGAGGACGCCGGCUUUCUGUCCACAAGCCAUGCGUACAGCAGCAGAGACUUGGCCCAGCUCCCUCUGCAUUCAUGCAUCCAUAUGGUGACUGGGAAGAUGGUGGGCAUCAAGAGGAAGUCCAAACACGUCCUCGUGUCCGGUGGUGGGAAGGUGCCCUACGAUCACCUCGUCCUCUGUACGGGCCUGCAGUACCAGGUGCCGUGUCCUACUGGUGUGGAUCUGAACCAGCACGGCACAAUCAGCCAGCUGCAGGCCCGGUCCAGAUACACCGGACCCGUCCCCUCCAACCUCUUCACCCUCAACGACCUCGACGACUGCACGGCUGCUCGCCGCUGGCUGUGUGCCAACUUUGUGGAGCUGGAGGAUAACGCCGUCGUCUACGGAAACAGCAUCGACGUCUUCACCACCUUGGAGACUUUGCUCAGCCUCGGCGUCCGGGGAUGUCGUAUCCAUCUAGUCCUCCCGCCUCCCGAGCCCGGCGUCUCCUGCUUCAGCGACCCUGUCGUGGAGAAGGCCGUGACGACGGCCGUGGAGAAGGCCAAGGUCCAGGUUCACCAUAACUGCCUGCUGGCUCAGAUGAACCACGGAGAACACCCCGAUCCUCUCAAAUCGGUGUCCUUCAUCACCGACGCAGAGCUCCUCCAUCUGCAGUGUGGAGUGUUCAUCAACCUCUCCAAUAAAGGAGUCGACCAAGACGCCUUCAAGGGCAUCAACAACUCCUUCCUGGUCUUCGACGGCAGACUCGUCAUAAACGCCACUUUCCACACCAGCGAUUCGGCCAUUUCUGGUGCCGGACCUCUCACCAAAUUCUCCCGCUUCUACUACGCAGACGAGUGGUCGCACGCCAACUUCAACUCCAAGGAAGUGGGCCGGGACCUGGCGGCCAAGUUGCUGCCCCUCUUCGACCCGACUCUGGAGCCUGCGGUGGAGCCUUCACCUGAAGUGGAUCUCCUCGUACCACUGUACAAACAGGCCAAGAUUCAAGGUGGGAAGCUGCCUUUAGGAUUUAACUACCUGCACAUUACCAAACCGUCUGCCACCAACCUGACAGGUCCUCAUGUUAAACAGCUCCAGGACAGCGGCAUCGUGACGGGACGGGCGGAGAAGGGGAACUACUUCUGUCUACAUGUGGACUGCUACGAGCUGGUGGAGACGCUCACCUGUCUGUCCCUGAAGCCCCUCCCCGUCUCCAAUUACCUGAAUCUGUACGGGAAACACCAGCAGCUGCUGGGCCAGCUGUCCACCCUGUACCACCAGGGCCUGAUCCACGACCUGUACAAUUUCUUCAUGCAGAGAUGGUGUUUGGCCGUUUAUCACGACAGAUUCUCCGACUUUGAGCAGGAGCUUCAGCAGAUCUCCUCAAACACAGACGACGAGUCGAGGCAACAGGACCGAUUCAGAAACGGCGUGAGGAGCGGCGCUGUGAAGUAUCUGACCUACAACCGAAACCUGCUGCCCAUGUUCGCCUACCCGGGUCAGCUGUGACAUCACACGUGACAUCGCCACGUUAACGAAGCUUUGGGUAACACUUCAUUUCACAGGUCCGCAAAUUUCAUGGUAAUGAGGUGAUAAUUAGCGAGUAACCUGUUUGAAAUUUCUAUGGAAUUACUGCCAAAUUACCCCCCAAUAUUUACCUCAAAAUCUA